AUGGCUCUAUCGUCGAACUGUUGGAAAUAUCUCGUGUUGACGUUCAAUGUCUUGUUUGCCAUGUCAGCAGUGGCAUUAUUCGGCGUGAGCGGUUUCCUCCUAUAUAGGCUGUUCAUUUAUCGACACUUUAUUGGAAUAAAUGUGGAAUACCCAGCAAUAGUACUUCUCAUGAUGGCGAUCAUCACCUGUUCCGUAGCGUGGAUCGGCUGGAGAACAGCAAAAUCUAUGCAUCAGAUACACGUUGUUAUGGCCGGCCUUUUGAUCGUUGUGGUGGUUGUGGUUGAAUUUUCGUGCUUCGUUUGGGCGAUGGUAGUGUGGGAGAACAUUGAGAUCGACAUAAAAAGCACUAUGACAAAUUACUUUAUGGAGACCAGUGAGAUCACGGAUCCGAAUUCUACGGAUUCACUGCGAUGGGACAAAUUGCAUGUUAAGUUUGAAUGCUGCGGCGUGAGCGGUCCCGGCGACUACAGCUCCUUGGGCCACGUGCCGUUCUCCUGCUGCGGCCAGGGCCCGCUCGACGCGCUCCACAAGCCGUACGCCGCCGACUGCUCGACGCUGUACCAGCGCGGCUGCGGAAACCAGCUGCACGAGUACGCCAAGGGUCAGCUUCUGCUGGUCGCAAUGGCUGCCCUCGCAGCGUCUAUCCUGCAGAGCACCGGCAUAUUCUGCACAUUUUUCUUGGCCCACGCCAUUUUGGUGCGGCGAAGGGCUUCCAUAAGGAAUUCCGUGUCGAUGAGGGAGUCGACUUUUGCGGCGCCCGAUGAUUCACUUCUCGCUCCGACAGCGCCAGCACCAACCUUGCCCAAGUAU